GCGGUGUGUUGGCAGGCAUGAGAGCAGGAAAACAAAGCUUGACAAUUCAUCAUCAGUUAAAGGUGUGCGGCUCUUUAACUCCCCAAUAUUCCAGCUGUGGGAAUACUGCUACCACUGACAUGACGGAAAGAUGAGUGAUCAGAAGCUACAAGAGACCUGGACCUCCUUUGCUCAGACAGAACCAGGGAAUGUUGUGGAACGUCAGAGCCACCUGGAUGACUUUUUAGGGCUGCUGUUGUCGUCAUCAAAGGAGGAAAUUCCUCUCUCUAAUCUUCUCCAUUUCAGUGAUGUAGGAAGUGUAGUAAGUCUUCUGGGUGGACAGUUCCUGGCAGAUAUUGAGCACAUUUGCCUCGGUUCAGUAAGUUAUGAUAGCGAUGCAUCCUCGAGUGCAACAUCUCGAUCGGUGGAGUCCAUUAUCAGCGAUGCUUCUCAAGUGAGUGAUGGUUCAAGAGGAUGUCGACCCAGAGUGACAAAAAGACCAUCAACUGGGAGAAGUCAUUCCUUCAAGGCCUCUCUCAGCUUGUCUCAGGCAUUUCAAGAUAGUGAUAAUGAUAAGUGUUUUUCAGAGUUGCUACCAGUAAACCUAGACCAAGCCAAAGAACAAACUCAGAGGACGGGUGGUGAGGGUCUUGAGUGCACAAAAACCGAGAGACUUAAAAGUUCAAAUACUGUACAAGCAGAAACUAACAAACAGGAGGAGUUAGAGAGUAUAAGAAUUGGUGACGGUGGACAGUGUGAAAGUGAAUCCCUAGGUAAUGAAACUGUACAUACACCUCAGGACAUUUAUAAUCAAAAUUCUUGUUUUAAAAAUGGUGAAAGUGCAGUAGAUAUAAGUAAUGAAUCGUCUAUACUAAAACCCGAAUCCACAUUGGUGUCACAUGAGGCAGACAAUACCGCAACACAAGGCAUCGCUGAAUCAUCUUCUGCGGUACCCAAGUCCUCCUUACACAGUAACGCAAACGUAUCGUCAAGUCCUAUUGUCAAUGAUCCGGCACCUGCGGCUUCCACGACCGGCACAGGGCAAGAUCUGGGUCAGGGUAAUGAGGCACAGAAUGCAAUCUUCUUGAAACAUUAUCUUCUGCAUGGAUGUGGAGCAAAGAUUUUGAUCGCUCUUGAUCAGCUUGGAGUAGCGGGUUUGACAGGAGGAAGGGAGAUUAGUCACGUUCUUGCAUUUAUCUUUACCUUCAUGCUCAAGAAUGCUACUGGCGAUGAAGCUCCUAAGUCAAGUUAUUUUCAAAUGAAAAGUCAGAAAGGUUUCCAUGAGAAGAGACUGGGAAGCACCACAUAUAGGGGACAACAUAAUAGUAGUUCAAGUAAUUCAAUCUCUGAGAGAAGCCAAGAAGUGCCCCUGGACCAAUCUUGCUUCAAAUAUGAGCCCUCAGUCAAUCUCUGUAUGAGUGACAUAUUUGCAGCCAGUAUUCACCCAUCCUAUGCCAAAACCAAUGUGACUUUACGAGGGAGUAAUAUAUCUGUUCCCCAAAUGUGGAUACAGACAUCUGGUUCAAAAAGUAGCAGCCUGUCAAGCUGUCAGAGCGGGAAGAAGUUUGGAAAGAAACGAAGGAAGAGAUACUCAAAGUGUAUUCCUCUGGUUAACUCGGACUCAGAGGGAGAUGAGAAUCCCAAGAGCAGUAGGCUUAGCAAAGCUCUUGUAAAAUUCACAAUGAACCCCAAUGACUUUGAUUAUUUUACACAUGUAGUAUACAGCGAUGAGGACAAGUGUCACGAGACGGAGACGGAUCAGACGACGAGUGGUGCCCCAAGUGAAAAGAUCUGCAUACAUGAGAAUUCGCUGUGUUUGUCCGUUAAAGAACUUCUUCGGUGCAUCAUAUCAAUACAGACACAGUUAACUGUACACGAGGCCGAGUUAAAACAUCUGUCCUCUCCAUUGCUUGCCACACAUGAUAUUCUGCAGUUCUCUCUUGACACAUUUACUUCUAUGAUAUCUGAGUUAAAGCUGCUGGAAGAGAAAAGAGAUGAAGUAAUGGACAUGCAAAUGGUGUUAAUGGGAAUGAUAAAACUGGUGUUUUCAUCUGUUCAGAGGUUCCUUAAAUCAAGUGACUUAUUGCUAACAAUAACUGGAAUGUGUGUUGUCCCUAAGUUACUAAAUUUAGUUUCUAUUUUACUUGACUUCAGGAAUGAUCCAGUAAAUAUUGUGAGGAAUGAUGCUGACCUGAGAACCAGAGUUAAGAAUGAAACAAAUGUGUUGGAUGUCACUCGAGCUUGUCUGGCACAUGAGAUAGUGGUAGGAUUGCUCUUCAUGCUGCAGAGUUGUACAUGUUUGAAAGUUGAAUGGAAGGAUGUGUGGCAGUGCCUUCACCUUCACAAAAUCUUCCUUCAAAAUAAUGGGCCGGAAAUCACAAAGAAAGUUAUAUUUUUGAGCCAUCUGUUAUCUCUUAAUAAGCGAACCGAAGUACUAAAUUCUCUUAGCAAGUUGGUGCUCUACAUGAAGUACUGGCGUGAAGACGUUUACCACUCGGAGAAAUGCGACAAAAAGACACACAGAUUUUGUGAGUAUCAGGCUGUCCAGAAUCAUCAUUCACAAGUGUUAGGAACAAGUUCAUGCAUUAUAAAGACAAUAGACCCUAAUGCCUGUAUGGUAUCUAAUUUUGUGUGUGUAUUACUUGACUGCUUUGCUUCUAGUGAAGAACAUGAAAUUUAUGCUUCCUCAAUUAAAGCUCUUACAAAGUGUGGCCUUUGCUGCUGUAUGACCACCAGAAUGAUAUUUAGUAAACUUUUACAAGAGUUUGUUUGUAAUAUACCACAAAUAGUAUCAUAUGUCACAGUAUUUAUUGAGAAUAUUGUAUGGCGUGAUCUUAGUGGUUACAUGAUGGCAGACACCAUCAGAUGUGCUUUCUGUCAAAUGCCUGAACAUCUAGGGGGAGGAGUGAAUCCCUUUUGUGCAGAAUUUGCCUCUGAUGAAUCAUUUUCAUUAACAUUUGGUGCAAAAGAUAAGGGAUGUUUUCAUCAGUAUAAGAAUUACCAUAUAGAGGCUCAUGAUCACAAUAGUUCAGUUUCUUCCUCCCAUUGGGAGGGCAUAGCUCUAUACAAAAAAUUCCUCUUUGAUACGGGCAUAAGUUCAAAAAUUAUGGGCCACAUUAUCAGACUUAUCUCACAGAGCAGUGUGGAAGUCAAAUUAGAAAUGUGUGAAUAUCUGAUUGUUCCUGUUCUGAAGCAAAUAUGUGAUCAAGGCAUUCAAAACUAUCUAACCAGUGCAGAAUAUGAAAAGGAGGUGUUGGUGGGUCUCAUGAAAUGUUAUCGAUUAACAUUGGCAGAUUCAUGUGAUCAAAAAUUGAUUAAGUUUCUGGAGUGUUAUGGAUCUGGGCUCAUAACUGUGUGUAAAGAAAUUCCAGACAUUAGACAUGAAGCCUUUGCCUUGCUCUGUAAUGUAGUUAAGAAAGAACUGAAAACAAAACCCGACAUGCCAGUUUUAUCAGAUAAGGAUGAAGAGAAUAACUUGGUCUUCACCAAAAUGUUUGAAUGGGAAGUUAUUGAACAUGAUGAGUUUUGGUCAGCAUAUUUUGGAAUGAAAGCCGAGGAAGUACGGCAGAGAUUCUUUAUUCACACUCGCAUCAAUGUGGAACGUAACAUGCAAGAAUGCAAGGAAAAUUCAAAACACAUGGACCAAGGUGUUGCUGAAUACGAACAAAAAAAUUAUGUUGCAAAGGAAAGUUCUGUAAUGGUAGAAGAAGCAGUGGAGGAAGAAAGAGGGAGAAUAUAUGGAGAUACAGAUGUUGCACAAGAAGCAGAAAGUGAAACAGCGAAAAUUAAUCUCAGCCCUGAAUCACCACACUCUUCUACCAGCCUAUCUUGUGCUCUGGAUGCUUUAACUACAGGUGAAAUUGUUACUGAGGAAACCUUGGUUAAUGACACAUCCUCUAUACAGCUUCCCACAAGCAGGUCCUUGUGUGAAGAUCCUGUAGAGGAUGGUGAAAUCUACACAAGGGAACCCGAAGUCAGUGCAGGAUCCCCCCAGUUAUCAGUCAGUCAGUCCACUUCUGUUGACACUUUGAAGGACGAUGAAAAUGGCAGUAAGAAACUCCACAUAAGUGCAGGAUCCUCACAACCUUCUACCAGCAAGUCCACUUCUGUAGAUACUGUAAAGGAAGCUGAAAGUUUUGCCACUAAGAAAACCACAGUCAAUGCUAGAUCUUCCAUUGAUGAGUCGGAUGAGGAAGGUAUCAAGAAAAUGAACAUGGAGUUACUAGUAAUUAGAUAUGAAGGACUUGGUGAACUUUGGGCUGCAAUAACAGAAGUUUUGCAGACAAGCACAGAGUUUCAGGCAUACUUGGCAGCAUCUUCAGUGAGGUCCCUUGUAGCACCACUGUUGAUAAACAUUACACAGGAUCUAGCACGUUCAUCCUCUGGUACACUGAGCCUCACCAGUGUGGUCUUGGAGCAACUGUCUGUUACGUUCUCACUCGUACAUUCACUGAUGACUUUUAUAAUUAUCACUUAUCCUUAUGCAGGUUUACACGUUGAGACACUGUUAAAUGAAUUGCGAUCCCCCUUGUUGAGAUAUUACCCCCGCACUUGUGCAGACGUGAAGCACCUCGUGUCCGUCAUGCUCCAGUGCUGUGUCCUCUCUACCUCAGCCAGUAUUACUUACGCUUUGCCACACCCAACUCAGCAUGCUUUGGAACUAUUGGACGAGGACACUGGACCAGGUGGUGAAGGAGGGGAGCAUCAGGCUGAUGAAACAGAUGGUUAUGAAGCUGACACUGAGCAGUUGGCAAAUGCCUGCCCAUCAUCUACAAGGUCCUUGCAUGAAGAGGAAGACUUGGAGUGUCCUGAGCUUGUCCUCCUGGCCUUAGACCUGAUCAUCAGCCACCAUGAGAGGUUCCUGGAGUCACAGGAAGAGGCACAACAAGAAGCAGAUUCCAGGGCACAAAACCGCUCCAGGGCCGAGGACCAACCUCUGCCUGAAGACCAUCGUAUACUUGAGAGCAACUCUGGUACUGACAAACACUCUGGGGUGGUCCAUUCAGAAGCAGAUGACCAUUCUGAAGAUAACAUUCACUUUUUAUAUGAUAACCAGUCAGGGAAUGAGAAGCAUCCUGUGUGUGAUGAUCUCUCUCAGCAUGAUGACCAACAUGAGAACCUGUCUGUUACUGAGGAUCAUUCACAUACAGAAGAUCAAGUCAUAGUUGAGGACCAAUCUUUACCUGAGAAACAGGACACCGCUGAGGAUCAGUCUUUAUUAGAUAAGGACCAGCCUUUAACUGUAGACCAAUCUAUAAUUGAGAACCAGUCGGCAGCUGAAGACCAGUCCCCAGCUGAAGACCCGUCAGCUGCUGAGGACCAGCCCCUAACUGAAGAUCAACCUGUAUUUGAAGACCAGUCCCCAGCUGAAGACCCAUCAGCUGCUGAGGACCAGCCCCUAACUGAAGACCAAUCCCUAGCUGAAGACCAGUCAGUUGCUGAGGACCAGCCCCUAACUGAAGAUGAACCUGUGUUUGAAGACCAAUCCAUAGCUGAAGACCAAUCCCUAGCUGAAGACCAGUCAGUUGCUGAGGACCAGCCCCUAACUGAAGAUAAACCUGUGUUUGAAGACCAAUCCAUAGCUGAAGAUAAGCCCAUAGCAGAAGACCAGCGCCUGGCCGAAGAUAAACUCAUGGCUGACAACCAGCCUGUUAUUAAGGACCAACAUGACAAAAAAAUUGUAAAGAACAAGAAAAGAAAUUUGAGAGAAGGAAUUAGACCUAAAUCAAAAAGGUCAUUGACCCAGAGCACAUCUGUGGCAGAGAGUAAUUCAUCUGCUUCAUCUGUGUAUCACACACUUCACUCUGAUGAAGAUGGCAGUGCUGAAGAGCAAGCAUCUGACUGGGAGGAUGGGUUAUGUAGAGGGGACGGCAGAUCUGAUGUAACGAGUAGUACAGUAGUGGAAAACUCGACCGGGAGUGUAAAUGCGAGAUCAACAAAUUCAUCUAGUGGUGAAGUUAUUCAUACCAAGUAUUGUCGUGAUGGCUUAAAAGGCCUCAAAGUGAUAAAUGGGCUGCCAGGAGCCAACGUUCAAUCUGGAUCUGUAGUUGAAAACAAGCCUUUAGAUGUUCCGUGCUCUGAGGCAGCAUCAUCCUCACAAGUGUCACACAGUGGGUCUUUUUCUCGCUCUCUAUCUGGCUAUGGGCUGUGCAGUGAGAGUGAAGUGGCUCACAGUGCCUCUCUCACCCAGUGUGUUCAUGCUUUACUGCUCUUAUGUCGCUCUUCAGCGAGUGUUUGUCGUCGACUCCACAGCCUGGGGUUCCUGUCGAGACUUCUGGAUGGAUUUAAUGACCUAAUCUCUGUCAACACUCCUGACUAUCAAGAUGUAGUGGGGACGGUGGUGGCAGUGUGGGCUGAGGUGGGCUGGUGCCUCACACCCACACCUCUCCCAGUUUCUUGCACUCUUCAAGGCUCAAACACCCCGCUGAUGCUUGUAAAUAUUACAGUACUGUACAUGCUUGAUGUGCAGUCUUCUUUAUUCUGA